GAACCGGAUGGCUCUGCUGCCCAACCAGGCCUUCUACCUGCUCAUCAACAACAGCGGGCUGCCCAGCAUGUCCCUCACCAUGGCCCAGGUCUACAAAGACCACCAGGAUGAGGACGGCUUCCUCUACAUGACCUACGCCUCGCAGGAGAUGUUUGGACUCUGAGACGUCCCCGGUUCUGAGAGCCCUGGACUCGUUGAGCUCCAGGUUUUAGUCUGUUCCAGGCUGCUGGUCUGAUCUGCUGUAAAUAGAAAAUAUUUUUAUAGAUUGUAAGAUUUUCUGGUUUUUAAAGAUCUAAUAAAUGUUCUGAAUCUGGCA